AUGCAUUUCACUCAGGCUCUCGCUCCCCUGGCUUUCGCCACCGCCGCCCUCGGCCAGUCCCUCAACAUCCCCAACCGAGUCGGUGCUAUUCAGGUCCUUAAAGGCCCUCGUACCCUUUCCGGUUCCAACAACGACUUUGGCAACCAGGAGUUUGAGCUCAACCGCCCUUGCGACACUGAUGAGGAUCUUGGCAGUGAUGGUGCUGUUUUCAUCCUCAACGACGGUGCUGUUCUUAGCAACGUCAUCAUUGGUGUCAACCAGCUCGAGGGUGUCCACUGCAAGGGCAAGUGUACUCUUAAGAACGUCUGGUUCCGUGACGUCUGUGAAGAUGCUAUCUCUAUCCUUGGUAACGGCGAUGCCCUGAUUGAGGGUGGUGGUGCUCAGGAGGCCAAGGACAAGGUCAUCCAGCACAACGGCCGCGGUACCGUCACUAUCAAGGGCUUCACCGUUAUCAACGCCGGCAAACUCUACCGCGGAUGCGGUGACUGCACCAACAACGGUGGCCCUCGCCACGUUAUCGUCCAGAAUGUCAAGGCCAAGGGUGUUAGUAACCUCGUUGGCAUCAACUCCAACUACGGCGACACUGCCAACAUCUCUGGCACCUGCGGAACAGGCGUCAAGAAGGUUUGCCAGGAGUUUGUGGGUGUACAGAAGGGCAACGGCAAGAGCACGGAGGUCGACACCACCGCCAGCUGCAAGGGCCAGAAGACUCUUUCUGCUUGCUAA